AUGGCUGACUCUGAAGUCUAUAUAGGGAUACCAGAAGGCAUGGAUUUAGAUCCAAAGAAAUAUGUUUUGAAACUGCGCCGGUCUCUGUAUGGACUUAAACAAGCUCCGCGCAUCUGGUGGGAUAGGAUGACCUCAUUCCUAUUGAAAGCAGGCUUCUAUCAGUGCAAUGCUGAGCCAGCUAUAUUCAUUCGCAGCCUGGAUAACAAAUUCCUCAUACUCCUCCUAUUUAUCGAUGACAUCCUGCUAACUGGUGACCAGGACGCAAUUGAGGAAUUCGUCAAAGAAUGCUGCAAUGAAUUUAAAACUCAAGAUAUAGGAACACCUAGGCGCUUCUUAGGCAUCCAUAUUGAACAUCGGAAUGGCAAAGUGAUAUUGCAUCAGAAGGCAUAUAUACAGCGAAUUCUCGAGCGCUUCAACGCACCCACGAAUCCUAUUGCAACUCCACUUGAUCCUAAGCACCCACUUGUUGAGGCAACUAAUGCAGAAAGUCUAAACGAAACAGAUGCUUUGGAAUACCGUGCUGCAGUGGGAGCGCUAAUCUAUCUCAUGAUUUGUACGAGACCUGAUCUUGCAUUUGCACUUUCUCGCCUCUCCAAAUUUGUGCAGAAACCAGGUAUAAAGCAUGCCGCAGCGCUCAAGCGUGUACUUAGGUAUCUGGCUGGCACCCAGAACCUGGGCAUCGCCUACUACAAAUCAUACUCCAAUGACUCAGUCUUAUAUGGCUACAGCGACUCUAACUUUGCCGCUGAUUUGAAUAACUGA